AUGACGGUGCAUCUUUUUAGCCCAUUAGCGUGCUGCUCUGCUCUCCGCGUCAGCGGUCUGCCGUAUGGAUCCCCCAAAUUGGCUCCCUGGCUACGAGGCUUCAUCAAAGACGUCGAUGGCCGAGCCAAGACGCCACUGGACCCGAUCGUCCAGGACCUCCAGGACCUUAUUGAGGGUAAAGCCGAAAUUCGCAUGUUGGCUUCAGCAAUGCUCGAUGAAAUACCGAACAAGGACCCCUACAAGGGCAAUCCUUCAGAGCACAAACUUAUCCGGGACUAUCGCCACCUGCUCCGGCUCGUCAGUGUAGUCAUGAAUGAGGUUGCGCCAGCCUGGAACAUGACCAAGGAUCGUAUGGCAAUUAUUGGAGAGCCGUUCAACAUCCUGUUGGACUGGCCGAUGAGUACGCCGAGCGGAUAUGCGUUCUUCCUACGGGAGGAUGUCAACGAAAGGCUCAAAACCAUUCUGGACACCUGGCGAGAACGAGUUCUAAAAACCACCAAGUCGCAAUACGUUCUCACAACUGAGGAUGGAGGUUGGCUCUGCAACACGGCGUUGAAAGUCAUCGAGGAAGACGCCAACAUCGGUGUUGUGCCCUGGGCCUCGUUUCGAGCCAUCUUCAGCUGCGAUCCUGCAGGGGACCCAGUCCAUUGGGGCUAUAGGACUUGGGACGAAUUUUUCACGCGCAAAUUCAGGGAUAUUGACCGGUUCCGCCCCGUCUCUUAUCCUAGCAACCCUGCAUGGGUGGUACACGCGUGCGAGUCCAUACCUCUUGCGUUGAAAAUGAACGUCAAAAAAUACGAUAAAUUCUGGAUGAAGGGCCAGAACUACUCAGUAGCCGAGAUGCUAGAUCAUCACGAACUUGCGGACCAGUUCGUCGGCGGCACAGUAUACCAGGCUGUCCUGAGCUCAACGUCAUAUCAUCGCUGGAGUUGUCCGGUGGAAGGAGAUGUGGUUUUUGCAAGGAUAAUCCAGGGAAAGUACUUUGCGAAGACGCAAGCUGCAGGGCUGGAUGACGCGGACCAAGAGAGCACACAUCAGCACGAAGUCUACUGCAGCCAUGUCGCUACCCGAGCCAUCUUGUUCAUCCAAGCGCCCGACCCGAUCGGUCUAAUGUGUCUCAUCUCUCUCGGCGCAGCUGAUGUAUCGACAUGUGAGAUUGCAGGAAAGUUUAGCACAGGUUGGCCGAAGCCCGUGGCGAAAGGUGAAGAAGUUGGCAUGUUCCACUACGGAGGUUCAAGCUACUGCCUCCUUUUCCGGAAAGGGGUGCAACUUGCCUGGGUUCCGGGGGCAAUUCCUGGUAAUGGAAAGAAGAACCAGCCAAUUCGCGGGGAGCUGGCCCUUGCAUAUUGA